AUGGCGCGCGAUGGCGUCGACGGAGAGAAUGACCUCGUGCGGUUGCCCUCGUUUAGAGUUUUGAAGAUCGCCAGUUGCGUACUUCUGUUGUUCUUCACCGUGUCGGCGACGAUUUUCACGGAAGCGAGCAAGCGCGAAGACGGGACGUACGCGUACGAUACGUUUGUGAUACCGUGCGUCGUCGAGGCUGUGAAAUUGGUCGUGUCUUCCGCGUUGCUCGCGCGCGAACGCGUGGUACACGCGCACUCGCGCGCGCCGUUGGGCUUCACCGUUCGUGGUUUCGCGGCGUACUCUUUUCCGGCGUUGUGUUACUUCGUGAGUAAUAACUGCAUGUUCUACAUCAUCCGGUAUCUGGGCGCGUCGACGUUCCAAAUCAUGAACAAUCUAAAAGUUCUCAGCACUGGCGUCUUCAUGUACGUAUUUCUCGAUCGAAAAUUAUCUUGGGCGCAGUGGAAAGCGCUCAUCAUGCUCGUGAUCGGUUGUAUGGUGACUCAACUGAACGCGAAAGCGGUCGAAGGAGAUGACGCGGAAAAUCGGUCGACUUUAGCUGGCUAUGCGUUAGUCUUAACGAGCGCCGUCGCGUCCGGCGCGGGUGGCGUCUUCUCAGAGAGAUUGUUAAAAGGUAAGGGUGCUGAUCAGCAGAAAGCGAACGGGGUGGGAGCUUCGAUACACUGGCAGAAUAUGCAACUCUACGUGUUCGGGUUGUUGUUUGGCGUCAUAUCGCUGCGCAUGGAUGCGAAGAAGAGCGCGUCGUCGCCAGGCGGUAACAUAUUCGACGGAUUCAACGCGUACGCGUACGCGACGGUGGCCACGCUAGCCAUAUGUGGUCUCUUGGUAUCCUUCAUACUCAAGUACUUGGAUAACGUAGCGAAAUGUUUCUGCGCUGCGUUGAGCAUGCUGUGCGUCGCGCUUCUCGAUUCCGCCAUGAAGUCCGAGACGAUCCCUCUCAGCGUCGUACUCGGCAUCGUGUUGACCGCUUUAGCUUUAGAACAAUAUAAUCUUUCCUGA